UUAAGACUGGAUAAGUCAUGCAUCUUCCUUCCAACAAGUCACUUUACAGGAAGCAUGCUCUCCGCUACAGGGACAUUUUUCCUUUCCCUGCCUGAAGCCAUAUGGGCCAAAACCAUCCAAGUCAGACUUGCCGGUCGGUUAAAAAUAAAUCGAAACGAUGAAAUGAUCACCGAAGACCGAGAACUCAUCACCUACAAGGAAGAACAAGAGCUCGUCUCGUCCAAAACGCACAGCUCCUUCCAAAUCCCAGCGGGGAAAUAUAAAUUUCUAUUUGAUAUUCCGAUGCCGAGCGAUCUCUUUGAGACAUCCGUCGGUCCCGGUCACAACUACCAUACAUACCAGAUCGAAGCCAUCGUUGAGCGCCGAGUAUGGAAAGAUAUUGUCGUAUCGCAAGUCCUGAGUAUCUACAAGCUCCCUGAAGUGGAGCUAUGUCCGCUGUCGGCGGAAUCUCCACUGACGAUCGGAGGCCAAUCAGCUCAGAAUAUUGAAUACUGCAUCUCGAUCCCCAGCCCAACCAUCCCCUUCGGGUCCAUCUUCUCCGUGGACAUGGGAUUCCAGGCGCCAUCCAAGGACGUCGACCUCUCAGCCCUAACAUUAGAGGUGAUCGAAAGCCACCACAUCCGUCUGAAUGCGACCGCCGCACAAGCAGCGCUGAAUAUCCUGUCCGUCAGCGCUUCGAGGACCCACUCCCUGUUCAAAGAAACACAGUCACCCGUCGGGGGAAGUGGAUCCGUCAGUUGCACCGGCACGGAGUGGGCUGUGAGCUCGCGAGUGGCGCUGCCGCGGAGCGUGAGCCUGUGCUCGCAGAGCGUGCGGACGAAGAUGGUCGCGAUCGACCAUGCUUUCGAGGUCCGCGCGGAGUUUCGGGAUCGGAACGGGCGGUUGUUCGAUACGAUUGCGAUCAGUAUCCCGUUUUCCAUCUACAUGACUCCUCGGGUUAUAGGGCCGGAUGGGAGCAUUUGCGAAAAGGUUCUGGAGUACGGCACGCGUCCGCCUCCACCGUAUGAGAGGCAUACGAGUCAUGCUAGACUUCUGGAUCCUAGUGAAGUGAUGGACGACUCAGGGCAAUGCACAAUGCCAGUAGCAGACAGGAGAUUAGAUGGUCAGGUGCUGCAUCAAUCUCAGCUUUUAGGGUUGGCAGCACCUUGCUACGAGCUAGCCACCGGCUGCGAUCCGCCUGUCUACGCUCUGUGA